AUGGCUGCCCCAGAAGACGAAGUGUUGGACGGUUACAUGUACCCCGCGUGCACCCCUUACUCAUACCCCUACCCGCCGGCCGCCAAGGGCAAGGUCACGGCGGGAGGGGGCGGGUGGCGGCACCGCAGCAGGGCCUACCUUCCCGCUUCCUCCUCCUCGGUGGGGGUAGCCUCGACGUCUUUCCCCGGCUACGGGCAGCUGAUGGCCGCCGAGUACUUCGACAGCUACCAGCGGGCGCAGCUCAUGGCCCUCCUGUCCCAGGUGAGCCCCGGCCUCGCCCCCCGGCACCGCAGGGCCAGCAGCCGCGACGUGGGUGUGCAGGUGAACCCACGCCGCGAUGCCUCGGUGCAGUGUUCGCUGGGGCGGCGCACGCUGCUGCGCAGGGCCGGCGACCCCGGCCUCUCGACCCGCCCGGGCGCCGAGGGCGCGGGCGGCGGCGGCUUGGUUUCCCCGCAGUCGGCUCGCCGGGGCCCAGAACAGGGCAGUCCGUCAAGCGGCGCCCCGCGGGCCGUGCGCUUCCCGCGCACGGUCGCGGUGUACUCCCCGGUGGUCUCCCGCCGCCUCACCACCUUCCUCGAGGGAACCGAGGCCGCAGCAGCGGGAGCCGGCGAGCAGAAGACCCGGGCGCUCGAGGGAAAGCGAGGGCCGUCCCCGAGGCCCGAAAGUCCGGAGCAGGGCGCGCCGUCGGCGAGGAAGGCGCCCCAGUGGCCGCAGUCCGAGGAAGACGACGACGACGACGACGAGGCACAGGCCGCGGUGCGAGCGAGCUGGGAGCAGCCUGCCGACGGGGACGUACCGCUGCUGCAGGAGGCCCGGGGAGGUGUCGCGGCCCCGAGGAGCCCUGAGCCGGCGAACAGGGCUGAGGAUGACGAGGAUGCGGCCGUCGCGGGAGAGAGGUCGUCGCCGCCGCGGAGCCCCGAGCCGAGCAAGGAGCGCCUGCGUUUCCAGUUCUUAGAGCAGAAGUAUGGCUAUUAUCACUGCAAGGACUGCAACAUCCGAUGGGAAAGUGCAUAUGUGUGGUGUGUACAGGGCACUAACAAGGUUUACUUCAAGCAAUUUUGCAGAAGUUGUCAGAAGUCUUAUAACCCUUACAAAGUGGAGGAUAUCAUCUGUCAAAGUUGUAAACAGACGAGAUGCUCCUGCCCAGUAAAACUUCGCCAUGUCGACCCUAAGAGGCCCCAUCGACAAGAUUUGUGUGGGAGAUGCAAAGGCAAACGCCUCUCCUGUGACAGCACUUUCAGCUUUAAAUAUAUCAUUUAAACAAAUGUAAAAACGGUCCUGUGGAGCGCAGUAAUGGAGCAGACAAGUGAGCUUUUUUCCUCGCCCCUUCUCCUUUCUACCUCCCCCUUCUCAAAAUACUUCAUGAAAGGCAGUGUACUUUGACAAAGCCUUCAAAUAAAGGUAUUGCAACACAACUUAUAAAUUGCAUAAAAUCUUCAUGUUUUUAAAAAUAAAUUUUAGGAGAGCUUGUUUUGUGCUAACAGUCUGAGGCUGUCAACUUUACCAACUUCACCUUUAUUUUCCACAUUGGUUCAAUGCACAUGGUGUGCUGGGCUCUGAGCUAGGUAACAGUAGCUUGAGAAACAACUUAGGGGCUCACGGACAUGAGGUUUACA